AGAUUAAAAGCUACGCGGGUAUUCUUGGUCCUCUUCAUGCGAUCUGCUAAAUGAUUGGACAGACGGCAUCGGAUUUCGAGGGCGUAGGGCCGUCAUCCGAGCCUGGUUACCCAAGUCAGACUACCUUGCUUCCCACGCGACGCCAAGACUGCUUCUACUAAGCCGACCACCUGGAGUGCCAUCAGCGUACAAUGCCGACGGCUACUAUUUGACGCUGUGGUUCUGCAGAAGAAACAAAUGUACCACCUCCCUCUCUUUCUCUCUAUGCAUUCACUUCAACAAUAGUUCGCUCCACGAACCACAGCCAUGACUGCCACUCCCUCAACGGAAGGCAUGAAUGACUUUUCGUCGCGACUUGUGUUCUUUGGACACGAGUUCCCGAAUGACGACCUCCGAGACCUUUUCCGACGCCUUCAUACCAACAGCAAGACUCAAAGAUUUCGUCUCUUGGCUACUUUCCUGGACGCUUGCAGUGAAGUGAUUCACGAGGAAGUUGCCUCGUUACCGUUGCAUUUGAAGAAACUUGUACCUCCGUUCAAGUCGAUUUUGUCCAUUGCCGAUGAUUCCAACUUUCGACAAGGGCCCUUGGGUGGCGCCUUGGAGAGUGCUCUACUCUGCGUGCUGGAGAUUGGCAUGUUCCUCGGUCAUCACGAGGCUGAAGAUUUGCCAUUCGACUUUUUGAGAGUCAGACCAAUCCUCUCUGGUCUCAGCAUCGGCUUAUUCGCAGCGGCAGCUAUUUCUGUCUCUACUUGUUUGGCAGAGGUAGCGGACCACGGAGUCGAAAGUGUUCGAGUGGCCUUCAGAUUGGGCGUCCACGUCGAUGGCGUAUCAGAACGCUUGGAGUCACGCGACCAGGAUGGCACCUACGACAGCUGGGCAUUUGUUGUGACCGGCUUGUCGGCUGCUAAGGUUCAAGAGGAGAUCGACAGGUACAAUGUCGAAUCGUUUAAUCCAGAGGCCACCAAGGUCUUCAUCAGUGCGUCUGACAAGACUUCAGUUAGUGUCAGCGGUCCUCCUUCGAGGUUGAAAAGUGCGUUCCUGAACUCUCAAGCCCUUCGGUACUCGAAGCACUUCCCAAUGCCCGUAUACAAUGGAUUGUGCCACGCGCCUCAUCUCUACACCGCGGACGACAUCAGGACCGUGACUCAAGGAUCACCCUUCAAGUGCGAGCCCUCGCUCCGAGUACAACUUCCGCUGCUCUCACCUCAAACCGGAAAGCCGUACCAGGCUUGCGAUGCAGGCGAACUGUUCGAGGAGAUCGCCACUGAGAUCCUGACAGGAUCCAUAUUCCUGGACAAUCUCAGCGCAGGCGUAUUGGAGCUUCUGUCAGAAUCCGGUACAGCGGAAUGCGAGACAUUUCUCUUUCGAUCAUCCAUCGUCUCCAAAGGUCUUCUGGACACCCUGACUACUAGUCUCGGCGAGGUCACCAUCACGCAAACGGAUUACAUCGAUUGGUGCUUUCACGACAUCAAGCCUAGUGCAACACGUACCACUGCGCAAUCCACGUUGGCCAUCGUUGGAAUGUCUUGCAGACUUCCGGGCGGCGCAAACGAUUGCAAGCUCUUCUGGGACCUUCUCAAGGCCAAGAAAGACACACAUACCGAGGUUCCAGCCGACCGAUUUGAUCUGCAAGCCCAUUUCGACCCCACGGGCCAGGUUCCCAACUCGACUCCUACACCGUAUGGUAAUUUCAUCGACGAACCGGGCUUGUUCGAUGCUGCAUUCUUCAACAUGUCGCCGAGAGAGGCUGAACAAACUGAUCCGAUGCAUCGACUUGCUCUAGUCACAGCCUACGAAGCGCUCGAGAUGUCAGGCUUUGCCCCCGACCGAACACCGUCUACAACUCUCGAGAGGAUCGGAACGUUUUACGGCCAAGCUAGUGAUGACUGGCGAGAACUCAAUGCAGCACAAAACAUUGGCUCUCACGCAGUACCGGGCGGUGAGCGCGCUUUCGCCAACGGUCGCAUUAAUUACUUCUUCAAAUUCGGCGGACCCAGCUUCAACAUCGAUACUGCGUGCUCCAGCGGCUUGGCUGCCGUCAACGCAGCAUGCUCGUCCCUCUGGGCUAAUGAGGCGGAUAUGGUCAUUGCUGGUGGCCUCAGCGUGAUCACGAACCCUGACAACUACGCUAUGCUGGGUAAUGGCCAUUUCCUCUCGAGGACCGGCCAGUGUAAGGUGUGGGACGAGGGCGCUGAUGGGUACUGUCGAGCUGACGGUAUCGGCUCUGUCGUCAUCAAAAGAUUAGAAGAUGCUGUGGCAGACAACGACAACAUUCUCGCUACGGUCCUUGCUGGUGCAACCAACCACUCUGCUUAUGCCGCAUCCAUUACUCAGCCUCACGCCGGAGCUCAGAAGAUCAACUAUGCUCAAGUCAUGCAAGCCGCGGGAGUCAACCCUCUAGAUGUCGGAUAUGUUGAGCUCCACGGUACUGGAACUCAAGUAGGCGAUGCGAUCGAAUCUGAAUCGGUCUGCGACUUUUUCGCUCCCCUUGUGCCUCGCCGUCGUCCCGACCAACCUCUCCAUCUGGGCGCGGUGAAAUCAAACAUCGGCCAUGGUGAGGCUGCUGCCGGUAUCGCCUCACUUCUCAAAGUUCUUCUCGUGUUCCAGAACCAGGAGAUUCCGCCGCACGUGGGCAUCAAGACAGCUAUCAAUCCCAUCAUUCCUACCAACCUCGACAAGCGACAAGUUGGUUUGGCUCUGGAUUUGAAAUCAUGGCCGCGAGAGAACGGCAAGACUCGGUAUGCAGUCGUGAACAGCUUCGGCGCUCAUGGCGGUAACACUACUUUACUUCUCGGCGACGCUCCGGCCAAAGCUCCUGGUGUUUCAGACCCCAGAACUAGUCAUCCUAUCUUGAUCUCUGCCAAGAGCAAGAACUCGCUCAAGGACAACGUGGCCGCCCUCAUUGAGUAUCUGGCCCAGCAUCCUGACACCGACCUCGGAGACCUCUCAUACACGACCACUGCUCGUCGUAUUCACCAUAACUCCAGAGUCGCCAUCUCAGCUUCGAGCAUCUCGGAUCUGCAGAAAUCUUUGACUUCCGUUGUUGACACAGUCAGCGAGAUUCGACCUAUCUCGAGCACGGCUCCGUCCGUCACCUUUGCCUUCACUGGUCAAGGCUCAUUCUACAUUGGAACUGGCGCAGCUUUGUACAAGUCUUUCCCUGCUUACCGCGAUCAGAUCGAUCACCUCGACCGCCUAGUGAAGGCGUUGGGUUUCUCUUCCGUGCGUCCAUUCAUCGAAGGCAAGCACGUAGCGACCGAGGCAUGCCCUGUGACUACAGCACUUGCCAUCGUCGUCACCCAGAUCGCCCUUGCGGAGUUCUGGUCUCUGCUUGGUGUCAAACCUAGUGCUGUCAUUGGUCACAGCCUAGGCGAGUAUGCAGCUUUGGUGACAGCAGGCGUUUUGUCUGCUGCAGACGCGAUACUCCUCGUGGGAAAGCGCGCUCAAUUCGUCAUCUCUGGGUCUGAAGAGGGUAGCCACAGCAUGCUGGCAGUCCGUGCUAGUGUUCAAAAGAUCAAGAGCGUCGCCACCAAGGCAAAAUAUGAGGUCUCGUGCAUGAACGGAACCAACGAUACUGUUCUCGGCGGCUUGCGCGAAGACAUCGAGGAGGCACGGAAGACCCUGGAGAAUGAGGGCAUCAAGUGCACGCUCCUUGAUGUGCCCUUUGCCUUCCAUACGAGCCAAAUGGAUUCCAUGAUAAAGCCAUUCGAGCAGCUGGCCAAGCAUGUCACAUACAAGACACCCAAGAUUCCCGUUAUUUCCCCUCUACUUAACACGUGUGUGUUCGAUGGAAAGACUAUCAACGAGAAGUACCUCAGCAAAGCGGCUCGUGAGACUGUCAACUUCGUGGGUGCUCUCGAGUCUUCCCAAGAAAUCGGCAUCAUUGAUGAGAAGACCAUUUGGAUCGAGAUCGGACCUCAUCCAGUCAACGUCUCAUUCGUCCGAGGUUUCAUGGCCGCAGCGCAGACCCACGCAUCCUUCCGUCGGGACGAGGAUAAUUUUGUCACCUUGUCGAAGACUCUUACAUCGCUUCAUCGCAGCGGCGUGACCAUCAACUGGAACGAAUAUCACCGUCCCUUCGAGAGCAGCCUCAAGCUCUUGCACCUCCAUGCCUAUAAAUGGAACGCGAAGAACUACUGGAUCCAAUACGAGGGUACCUGGACCUUGGACAAGGCUUACCCGAAUGGCGUACUCAACAACUCAAAGCCUGUCGCUCCUAGCGGCUCCGCGCUCCGAACGUCUUCUAUGCAGCAAAUCCUGUCUGAAGACAUCUCGGAAGACAUUGGCAGAGUUGUCGUCGUUUCGGACAUGAUGCAGCCUGAGCUUCUUGGUGCCGUGGAUGGUCACCACAUGAACGGAUAUGGAGUAGCAACCUCGUCCAUUUGGGCCGACAUGGCUUUGACCGUCGGCGAAUACCUGUACAAGCGUAUGAUUCCGACAGCGACCGGACCAGUACCCAUGAACGUGAGCGAAAUGCUUGUCGAACACGCUCAGGUGGCCAAGACGGAUAGAAGCGGCGCUCAACUCCUGCACAUCGAGGCUGAAAUGGACCUCGCGGAGAUGACCACCGUGGUGCAGCUAUUUGACACGGAUUCUCAGGGCAACCGCUCUGAGGAGCCGUAUGCCACAACCGUUGUCAGAUACGAAGACCCGAAUGACUGGGAGGUAGAGUUCCGUCGCAUCUCUUGGCUAGUCGAGACACGCAUCCAGGCCUUGACAGCCAUGGUUCCCAGCGGCUCCGCCAGCCGUCUGGGCCGCGACAUGACAUACACAUUGUUCAAGAAUGUGGUAGACUACUCCGACAAGUACCGGGGCAUGCAAUCCGUCGUGGUUCACGAGCUGGAAGCCUACGCCGACGUUGUGUUGGCCACAGAUCGACACGGUACCUGGCACACACCACCCCACUGGAUCGACAGCCUGUUCCACGUUGGUGGCUGGGUCAUGAAUGGCAGCGAUGCCUCCGACACGAAGGACUACUUCUACGUCACCAACGGCUGGGAGACGUGCCGCAUGCUCGAACCCGCCGUCGCUGGCGGCAAAUACCAGAGCUACGUCCGUAUGGCACCGACAGGCGAGGCCAACAUGUUCUCCGGCGACGUCUACGUCACGCAAGGCGGAGCCGUAGUAGGAAUGAUGGGCGGUAUGCGCUUCCGCCGCGUCCACCGUAUCUUGAUGGACAAGUUCUUCACUCCGAGCGAUGCGAUUGCCGGCAGUCAUGACGUCAAGCCAACUGCUGCGAUCAAAGCAACGGCAGCAGCACCGGCUCCGGCGAAGAGCAGUAUCCGCACAGCGCCAGUUGCUCCCAAGGUUACACCUGCAAAGGCCAAGCGGGUAACACAUGCCCCUGCGCCUGCCGUCCAGCAGGCCCCGGCGGUGGUCAAGGCAACGGAGAAGGCGAAGCCAGUGACCCCAGUCCCUGCUGCCGUGGAGCAAGACAGCAGCGCCAACGAUGGAGCUGUCGUCGAUGUGGCGCCAGGCAUCGUCGGCGAUGCUCUGCGUCUCAUUGCUAGCGAGACCGGUCUCGAGUUGGCCGAGCUUACUGACGAGGCCAGCUUCGUGGAAUUGGGUGUGGACUCCCUUACCUCGUUGGUGCUUGCGGAGAAAUUCAAGAAGCAGCUUGCGAUCGAAGUCAAGAGCUCGCUUUUCCUCGAGUUGCUCCAUGUUGGAGACCUUAAGGCGUGGUUGGAGCAGAAUGCUUAGUUUUGAUGACAUCUUUGGACAGGGAGAGGUGCAUAGCAUGCCUGAUUUGAGAGAAUUCUCUGUUUAUGAUUUUGUAUGUACGUGCUUCAUUGCUUACAGUUUUCGAUUGUCUUUCUCAU